AUAGGAAAGAAAUAUACAUGGGAUCUCCUUCAGCAGUUACCGAUUCAAGAAUCCGAUUCAUUGGCUGCCUUUGUCUCUUCGAUCUGAUGCCACGCUCCAUGAGUAUGCGGCCAAAUCAAAUUCUGCCCAAACUAACGUCCAGUUCGGAUGGACUCAAAGCGUAUGGAUUUCUGCUUCAACCAUCGCGUGUACGUGGAUUACAUAUAUCUACGUACGUCGUAGGAUCUGUAUCAUGAUAGUCCUGCAGGCAUUUUAGUCGGAACACCCACCACCUACGUGCGUCAUGACCGUUGAAGCGGACGUCGUAGCAAAGACUUGCUUCGCUUGAGCCAGCCUGGGCUCCCAUUGGAUCUGAUGAAACUCUCUUCUGCCGUGCUGAGGAGCGCUGAGGCGUUAGUCAGGCUUCCCUUCUUGUUGGCAACAGGCUCGGCAAACUCCCUAUGCGGCGACUAGGAAAGACGAUUGCCUUUGGAGAGCCCGUGAGGCGGCGCCCAGGACCAGGAGCACUCCAAAUGCGUCGCGUUUCUCUUCAGGAUCCGCACCGGCUUCCCUUACGAGGUGAUAUGCAUACAGGUAAUUAUUUAUGUAGCGAAUUUCCGGCGAUUAUAGACACCGAAUGCACCGUGGAGACCCUCACACUGGAGGGGUACUUACGAAUCGAACGGAUCAGGAGCAGAUCUCAAUGCGAGCUUCGACAUUGGACCGCUAUGCACCCACCAUUUGUCUUCGAUUUUCUUCUGUAUAAAGUCUCGUCCUCCCUCUAUUUCUUCAAGAUCCUCCUUUCUCUCUCCCCGUGCUGUCUCUUCAUCCUUGUUACCUCCCCUCCCCGUUGCGCUUCUUGCUCUUUUAUUACUCACCUGCUUGGUGUCUUGCUCUACGUGCUCUUAAUCUCGUGUUGUUGUAUUCUAAAAUGGACAUCCCUGUUCCUUUUCCUACCCUCUCUCGGCUCGGUGAUGAGUCCGAAAAGAUGGAUGAGCAUCCAGCAUUCCAUUCACGCACCCACUCCUCUCCGACUACGCCAAACUUCUUGCUACCCAACGAGCCCUCCAGCCGCCAUUCCCGUUAUCACACGCGUCAGGCCCUCGACUUAGCUUCGUCGCCUUCUACUUCCCCUCUUUCUUCUCCUGUCUCGUUGAAGUCCAGACACAUGUCCUUCACCUCUACUGGUGCAGGUUCCCCGCGUCGCGUACCUUCUCUUAAUACUCCUCCCCUAACCCCAUCUUCCUCGUUCAAUUCGAGCACUCACGAUACCGCCAGUGAUUUCACACCUACGACGCCAGAACCCGUCUCUCCCAUUCGAUGGGGUCCUUCCACCGCGAGGAAAGGUAGUGUAGCCGUAUCCGCUAUCUCUGGCCUCCCCGGAUACUUGACUCCUUCGAGCAUCCGAUCCAGGUCGAUUUCCUCCUCUGACAGCGGCGUUGAUGUAGUUACGUCUAACUUGAGAGGUAUCGAGUUGGGUGGUAGUCCAGCGUCCGAUGUUACGCCCAGGAUGGACAAGGCGUUCAACCUGGUGUCAUAUGCGAAUAGUGGAGAUGACGCUGAAGAAAGCCUUAGUAGGAACCUCUUUGAUCGGUUCUUUAGGAAUCGCGAAGAUGCGAUGCCCACUCGAUUCGUUCUUGUUCGCAAUAUACCUCCAGAAGCGCCCGAAAGCCUCCUCCGCACCGCAUUUAAAAUCACCGGCGAAGUCAAAGGCAUCUUCAUCCGAUUCAAAGAGUCCUAUGGUAUUGUCAUUCUCGCGUACUUCGACCUGAGAGUCGCCGCUGCGGCUGUCGGGAAGUUGCAAGGGAAGAGCUUCCGUGAGUUGUGCUUCGGCCAGGAAAGUGGAUAUGAUGUAGAGGACGAAAGGGAGAAGCGCGUUGAAGCUACUUUAAUUAACCCUGCUCAACUGGGUGGCAAUAUUGACCAGAGCGAGCUCGUCGUCGAGGCCAAUGCGACGUUCUUCGUCACGCUCCAUGAUAGUUUCACGGACACGGAUAGUAUCAAGCGCAUCCUGCGUUCAUUUGGUGAACUUGCCUCUCUGGAGGUCGUCAAUUCGGAUGAACAGACAUUCCGAGUCGAAUAUUAUGAUCUUCGUUGUGCGCACACUGCAUAUAAGCAGCUUUACGGUCGACCCAUCUUCAACUCUCGUUUGACUUUGCGGUCUGAGUGUAACUCUGCUUCUACUGGUCGGGAUCGGUUGCCGCUCAGGCAUUCGGUUGAUAUUUCGAGCCCAUUGAAGACGAAUUUGCCGUUGCCAGAUGAGGGCGUUGAUUAUCGCGUCAGGCCUAGGAGCAUCAGCCAUGGUGAAGGCCGAGGUCAGCAAGCCACUCGUCGUCACUCUACCCGCGACACAGAUGAUCCAUUCGUUCAGCACGCCACUGCUGCUGCGCCACUCUACUUUGAUGGUGUCGAGAAGACUCCUAAUCUUGGUCGAUCUACAUUGGGGCGAAGCAACAGUAUGGGUCCGGGUGAUCGUCAAACGCCUCGCAUGCACCUUGAAUCCUCGCUUGGUCUUAUAUCUCCACCUCCCAUGUCCUACUCUCAACCUUUCCCCGAGGGCCAGUUCUUCCAACACCAUCAACCUCAACCUUUUGCGCAACAGUUCCAAGCACCAUCAGCAUCUCUGCCUCAUCAUGUGCCUCAUCCAACCGCGUACACCUCACAUCCCCUCGUUCCGACUCCGCUCUCUGCUAUUCACUCUGUUGCUCCUGUACCAUUUAUGUACCAUUCGUCUCCGCCACCCCCAGAGGCGUUUAUCCCUAUGCGGGCGGACGGAUUCGCCCACGCUGGAUCCGAACCGUGGAUGUAUGCGCCUCAUCCCCAUUCCGUACCUUUCUCUCCUGCACAUGCCACCCCUGGUGGGCUUGAAUACUACGCUCCGUCGCCUUCUCCAUAUCCAUCUACUUCACAGAGGAUAUAUGGAGGCCCUCGUCACGUAGACGCUUCUAGAUCUGAAGCUUUCACGUUCGGCUCUUUCGAACAUCAAAGUUCCCAUGAUACUAGACGUACACCGGCCAGUCUUCGUUCUCUUCACACCAAGAACCUCGCUCGUCUCUCCAGCGCUCCUAGCCCAGGUCAUCAAGGUGCCGGGGGAGAUUCUCCAGAGAAUCACGAGAAGAAUCAAUUGGACUUGGAGAAGAUCGAGAGUGGGCUGGAUACGCGUACUACCGUGAUGAUCAAGAAUAUCCCGAAUAAGAUGAGUGAUAAGGACUUGCUGGACUUCAUUGCGAGGGUCUGUCCAAGGAGGAUCGAUUUCUUGUAUUUGAGGAUGGACUUCCAGAACGGGUGCAACGUUGGUUAUGCGUUCGUCAACUUCAUCACAGUGCAGGACUUGUUGCACUUCGCGAGCACGCAACUCGGCGUCAAGUGGAAUAUGUAUUCCAGCGAGAAGGUCUUGCAGAUGAGUUACGCUAACUAUCAAGGCAAAGAAGCUCUCGUCGAGAAGUUCAAGAACUCGUGUAUCAUGGACGAACGUGAAUCCUGGCGUCCCAAGAUCUUCUGGUCCUCAGGCCUAGAUCAGGGUCUUCCCGAACCUUUCCCUCCUCCCACUCAUCUGCGUCGGAAGGAACGAAGUGCCCACAAUCGCGGUGCCUUGUUCGUGCCUGGACCUGGUUCUCGAUAUUCUCCAUGUGCGAGCCGCGAUGGUGAUGGAUUUGGGAAAGAUUCUCCGAAGUUCACGAGAGCCAUUUGAACGUCGUGCCUAUGAUCUUCCUGGAAAAGUCGUUCCCGCCUAUCAUUUGGCCCACUUCGUCGUUACUUAGUCCUCUGCGCCGCUCGAUGUCAAUUUGGUGAAACUGCUUUUGAUCACUGCUGCUCCUCUCGCGUUUUCUGCAGCCAAUCCUGCUCAUCGUUUGUGUACGAAGUCUCGAAUGUCCGCCCCUUCUGUUGUGCAUAUGGACACUCGUCAAGUUACUGCUACUCUGCCUUCUCUCUGGCCUCUCAGCUUCUAACUCUCAUUUUCGUUCUAUUGCUUUUCGCUUUGCAGUCUAUUUCUCAGACUACCCGUUAUUGCUUCGUCUGCUUUCUGUUUGUCCCGUUGUUGAUUCCAAGUUCCCGUUUUUUUUUUCCGAGGACAAUGCCGUGCAUGCUUAUCUUUUCACUCAAGCGUAUCCUUAUUGCGUACCAUUUCUUCGUUUCCUCGCUACGAUAUCUUUCCAACAUUUCUUUAUCCUCCUGCUAAUGCUCUUCAGUUGUUUUCGUUGUUGUACGCCGUUCUCGUUAUCUCGCGCUCCAGAGUUUUUUUAGUAGUCGCGAAUCCCUCCGGACAUUAUUGCAGUCAUAUUAGUACUAAGUCGUAGUCGUAGUCGUAGUCGUGGUCCCAAUCUUCCCGAUUGGUGUCGUAGUUGAUCACGACCUUCGUGGAGGACGGAGAGGACGUCUAGUAAUUGUCAAAUAUGUAUUAGAGAUACAUGUAUGUACUGAUAGAACUUAACCAUUGCUGGUCAUUUAUUCGUGUC